UUCUCCUCUUUGCACCUCUCACCUCGAGGUCAAACUCGAUCAAGGCCAUCGCGAGGCACAACGGCGCCCACAACACGACAAUUGCCAACAGCACAGCCCAAUUCCGCAGUCGCUUGCUUCCCUUCUUUUUGGCCCAUCCGAAAGCAGCUCCUUGCCGCAAUCUUUUUGCGCGCAAUCGCAACCCGACUUCGGUCCCUCGCAGAAUUUUGUUGAUGCCUUCCUUACCAAGAUCGAAACCCGCGUCGGCCUUGCCAAUCCCUCUCUAGGCUCUCCUCUCUAUCACCACAGUACCCGAAUUCAUCUUCCUCUGCUCUCCAGCUGGCAGCAGUCAUCGUCCACUCGACUCCGCCUGCCGCCUGCGGGUGGUGACCAACCCCCAACAUGGCUUCCCAUAGCAACAACUCACCACACCCGGUGCUUGCCGCCACACAUAUUGCGUCUGUUCGCUCGGCGGCCGAGAAGCGCCUCGGAAUACUCUUCUACGCCUCGCCGAUUGACUAUGGAUGGCAUGGCGACAUCCGCAAGCGCUACACUGACUUCCUGGUCAACGAGGUUCGCAAAGAUGGAAGCGUCAUCCAUCUGUCCGACUUUCAGCAGUCUUCCAGGCGUCCCCGCGUGGACGACGCACCUACCAACAAUACCGCCGGUGCCCAGUCUUUGGAUGUUAGAGCCCCGCCAGCGCACCCCAUCAAAGCAGAAGCCGGCAACACCCAAGCUGUCGCCGAGGCCACAAUCAUCACGCCCAUCAACGAUGCCGACAGAGAUAUUCUGACCAACAUGCUGGGAGACACGGUGGUCCAUGAGCUGAUCGACUUGGAUGCUAAGAUCCAGCGGAAGGACAACUCGAGCCGGGGCGUCCUCGUGAGCUUCCCCGCUAUCCAAGACCGCCAGCAACGCACCCUAGUCCAUCAAGAAAUCCGGCGCAUUUUUUCGUCUCGCCUAGAGACUCAAGCCGGCGACGGAGGCAUCAUCAAUGCUCGCGCCGCGCCGCGCAACACUGGCUACCGUCAAAACCAAAAUGGCCCUCGACAGAGCCAGAACGGCCCUCGUAACAGAGACAAUGGCUGGCGCGGCGGGCAGCGUGCAGAGCCUCGGGCUCACCGGAAUCAGUACCUGCACUUCACCUUGUACAAGGAGAACAAGGACACCAUGGAUGCGAUCAACCACAUUGCCAGGCUUAUCAAGGUCAAGGCAUCCAACUUUGGAUUCGCCGGCACUAAGGAUCGACGAGCCGCCACUGUUCAGCGGGUCAGUGUCUGGAACAAAGACAUUAGUGAUCUUGUCAGUCUCAACGACAAGAUGACCGGUAUUCGCGUCGGCGACUUUGCCUUCCAGAAGAAACCAAUGCAGCUCGGUCAGCACGGUGGCAACCAGUUUGUGAUUGCCAUCAAGAACGUCCAGCUUACUCGAGGUGGCAACUUCUCCAUUGCACAUCGCCUGCGCAUGACCGAGUACUGCGUCCAGUUCGCACUGGAUAACAUCGUGCGCACUGGCUUCAUCAACUACUUUGGACUUCAGCGCUUCGGCACGCACGCUAUUGGGACGCAGGAGAUUGGCAUGAAGAUUCUUAGAGAGGAUUUCACGGCAGCCGUCGAUGGGAUUCUCCACGUCGACCCGGAUCUCUCGCUCGCUAUUGCGUCCGGAAACAGCGAGGCGCGGUUCCACAAGGACGAGUUCGACCGGGCCCGCGCCAUCGCGAUCUGGAAGAUGAGUGGCAAGGCCGAGGCCGCUACGAGGGUUCUGCCCAAGAAAUACGCCGCCGAGAACAGCCUGAUCCGCCAUCUGGGGAAGGCCCCUAACGAUCACUGCGGAGCGAUCCUCUCUAUCACUCGCGGCCUCCGUCAGCUGUACUGCCACGCCUACCAGUCUUACAUCUGGAACUAUGCGGCCAGCAAGCGGUGGUCUCGUUAUGGCGACCAGGUCGUCGUGGGAGACCUUGUCAUGGUCCAGCCCAACGAGUCACCCAUUGCACAGAGGUCCCCCGCGGAGGACAUGUCCGAGGAUGUCAACCAAGAGGAAGAGGAGUUCUACCAGCGGGCCCGCCCCCUCACCAAGGAUGAGGUCGCCAGUGGACGCUACACCAUAUUCGAUGUAGUCCUUCCCGCGCCGGGCUUCGACGUCAUCUACCCUGCCAACGACAUAGGUGCUUUCUAUUCUGACUUCAUGGCCCGCCAGGAGAAUGGCGGCCUCAACCCGUACGAAAUGCGCCGCAGACAGCGCGAGUUCAGUCUUAGUGGCCACUACCGCAAGCUCAUGGCCAGGUUCACGGCUACUCCCAUGUUCGCAGUUCGCCCCUACACGGAAGACGAGGAGCAGAUGCACCCGACAGAUCGCGACCUGAUCGAGUGGCGGAAAUUCCACAAGGCGGCCGAGAUUCAGAGCACGGCAAACGCAUGGAACAACUUCGCGAAUAAUGCGGACAAGUUCGACGCUGCGCUGCUUGACGAAGCGCGCCGCCGACGCAUGCAGUCGCCCAACAUGCCCAGUGAGACACGCAUUAAUGAUGAGUGGAUCGAAACUGCCCUUGAUGGUGGCAAGCGUCAGAAAGUCCAAAAUCCUGUCAAGGUCGAGACUAUUUCGCACACGCAAGACCAUGACAUGAAGGAGAAUACACCUCCUCCGCCGAUUGCCGAGCCCGAUGCCAUCUCGAAGAACGAGGAUCUCACGAAGACCCCAUCAGAGCGAGCUGAUGUGCCAAUGGCCAACGCUGAAUUGGUUCAGCUGAGCAAGAAUGAUGACAUCAAGUCCAUGGAGAGUAAAGAAGCCAAUCGCCCUGCCAGCGCAGGACUCGCUUCCCCCACAACUGCUCGCCCCGACCUGAUGGGCUACCUGCAAGCCCACCUCAAGAAGUCGGCCGAGGACAGCGAGAAUGAGAACGCGCCUAUGGAUCGUUCUCAGUCGCCACCGGACUCCAAACCAGCCGUGGCUACCGACGGAGGCUCUGCACCGGAGCAGGCAAGCAAGGAGAUUCCCUCGAGGGCCACCCGAGCAACACCCCCCGUCAACGUUUUCGAUGACUUUGCGAAGUUUAUCCACAAGGAUCACCCUGCCGUCAAUGUGACCGGACGGGUGCCGCUUCCGGUGGAUGGUAACGGCGAAACCGUGGCCGCAUCUGAGGACCAGAAAGUUGCGGUUAUUCUCAAUUUCACCCUCAACUCGAGCAACUAUGCCACCGUCUGCAUGCGGGAGAUGAUGGGACAGGCAGCUGGUAACUAAGUCGCCAGCUUCACAUCCUCAACGAGGGUGGAACUUCUAACCACCCAUCAUGAUGGACAUCGUCGGAAGCCAACCACCUACGCGAGAUACGUGGAUCGGCUUUGUUGAGAUUUAUUUUGUUUGGCGAUAUGUUGCACUUGCUCAUGGUAGCAGGCGUCCCUGGGAACCGGAGGUAGAAGAUGGAAGGCGCGAGAACGAUGGAGGAGCAAAGCACGACCGACCAAAGAAGCGUCCGGACCGGCGAAGAUUUGCGGAUCAUUACGCGCUGAUUAGGGCGCUGUGACGGAUGGCCCAUUCUCCUGUUGUCUAAAUUCAGAUACCCGCCAGCUUUCACAAGCUGGGCACAUGUAUGUGGUGGCUGUCCAACUGAGUUAGGUGGGUAUGGUUGGAGGCCCAAAUCUCAUUUUCAAUGACCACUUUCACCAGCUUGUCCCCAAUGGUGAGGUUCAAGUAUAUAGCGCGCGCAUGGGAGAUGGUCGUUUUGGCCUUCGUCCUCCAGCCCGAGCUGUUUGCCUUGGCUUGAUGCUCAACGCCAUCUCUCCCUUUCAAAAGGCAGCCUUGGUUCUCUUUGAUGCCGUUUUUACGCCAACAUCCAACUACACUCAUCCGUAAUCAGCCGUAUCCCCUGCGUGACCCUGGGCUACAAUUUUCAAGAACAUGCAUCUCGUUUGAGC